AUGAUACGCAGUACCGAAUCAAAUUCAAAAUUAGCAACACGCAAAAUGAAAUUAUCUGUGACAAAACUAAUUAUACAGCUGUUAAUUCUGUUAAUAAUAGCUGUUAUAAUAUUUAUAUUAUCUAUUUCUUUGUACAGUAUUCGAUAUUGGCCAGAUGUGUAUAACUAUAUCAACGCGAACAUAACGAUAAAACGAAUUCCAACAAUAACAGAACUAAAUGUAACGUAUUAUGAAGAAACGACGGAUGAUGCCACCACAGAGUAUAUUUUAGACACGACUAUAGAAGAAAGCACAGACUAUUUUAGUCUAGAGGAUGUGGAGACGAAAAGAGAUAAACGAAGAGUGGAGAUUGAGGCUGAUUAUGUUCAACUACCGAAAAUAGGUGUGGUUGAUUAUGUUUUCGAAUUCGAGGCGACUACGAUGGAAAUGAUAGAUUUAAUUGGUGAAGAUAAAUUAACUACUGAUAUGGACGUCGAAAGCGAUUGUGUAAAAUACAACGACUCGUGUCCUCUAGGAACAACUGAUGACGUCACAGGCGUGUUCAGCUGGAUUGCCGCUAUAUUUGUAAAGAAUGGGACCAAUCAGUUCCAAUAUUACUGCGACGGCGCUCUUUUAUCCACCAAUAUUAUUGUAACAGCUGCACGCUGUGUGAAUUUUACGCGAGCUGAAGACAUCAUUGUAAUAUUGGGCAAGGCUUCUCUACAAAAUAUGAAAGAAAAUGAGAAAAUUUUAAAAAUAUCAGAAGUUGUAGUACACGAAAAUUUCACGAGCUCAGAUAAUGAUAUCGCUGUAUUGAAGACAGAAGAUGAAGUAGACACAACCCAGACAAUAUCUUUCGCUUGUCUGACUGAUGGACAGGAAUUCUCUGACGCUGCCACGACAGGUUGGGCGGUUUCGGGAGAAUUAACGGCCAUACAUUUUGACAAAGACAAGAGUCAACAGUGCUUGGCGGAAGACGUUUGUGCUGUCUACGGGAAUGAUAUAACCGUAUGUCCCAGUUUUGGCGGUGUGUACGCGGUGAAGCAAGGUGGCUGGUACCUCCACGGUAUUCGCACGGAGAUCGAACCCUUCGACCAGAGCCUGUGUCUCAACAAACCGCUUCAUUAUACACCACUGAACCUAUAUACAGACUGGAUUUAUAAUCUUUAA